GCGGGAUUGAGAGUUGAAAAACAAUUCUACCGGGACUCUGAAAAACCUCCAAAAUUCUUGCAUUCUCCAUCUCCUCAAGCAGUGAGCGAAGAGUAGAAGACAAGGGUUGAAAGGAUGAGCAGGUCGGGUCAACCUCCGGAUCUCAAAAAGUAUAUGGACAAGCAACUUCAAAUCAAGCUGAAUGCCAACCGCUUAGUUGUCGGCACUCUUCGUGGGUUUGAUCAGUUCAUGAAUUUGGUCAUUGACAACACCGUUGAAGUUAAUGGCAAUGAGAAGAAUGAAAUUGGCAUGGUGGUAAUUCGCGGUAAUAGCGUGGUGACUAUUGAAGCAUUGGAGCCAGUUGCCAGAGCGCAGUAGCUCUAAGGUAUCUUUGUCUAUGCUCUAGAUUCUGCUGCUGCUCUUAAAGGAACAUAUAUUUGUACCAUGAUAUUCAGUAUUUGACUAGAUAACAGUUAACAUGACAAUCAAAUUCUGUCUAAGCUUGUUCGUCAAUGCUCUCUAUUCAUACAGAGCACUAUGUACUGAAUGUAAUUUCUCUGUGUUUCAUUUUUUCCCCCAAUUAAAAUGAGCAUAAUGCGAUGAUUACCCUUUUUAACGCUCUAA